UCUAAGUGUAGCCACCAUAUUUUUGUCUAUCGACGGAAACCAUUCGCGGCGGGAGCAGAGCAGGUAUCAGAAUCAGAAGUGAAAGCCAGUUUUCCACUGAGAGCAGGAGCAAAGAUGUGGGAUCAAAGUGGGCAGUCUUGGCAGCAGUGGCCUUUGAGCCAGCAGCAGUGGAUGCAGACAUUCCAGCAUCAGCAAGAUCCUGGUCAGAUAGAUUGGGCUGCCUUAGCACAGGCAUGGAUUGCUCAAAGGGAAGCUUCCCAGGAGGAAACUACAGAACUACCAGGAAUUAUUCCAAAUGGACAGGAAAUUCCAGGACUAGAAAUGGGACCCAACAACCUUGGAAAUUUUCAGGAGGAUCCCAAUUUCAACAGAAUGUGGCAGCCAGAAUGGGGUAUGGCCCACCAGCAUCUACACCCUCUUCCAGAGCAGCACUGGAUACCACCCGCACCUGGUACUGUGGACCUGAUGCCUCAAGCUGAAGAUGGUAGCACUAGAGGUAGUGGAGAUUUUGUUCAAGAUGAUGGACAAAUGUUUGGACAGAACAAUCUUGGCUUUGGAGGACAACCUGCAAACUUUGGAAUGGCUCCAAUGCCCAUCAAUCAAUUUGAUUAUCAGCAUGGAGCUGCUUUUGGCCCUCAUUCUGUUGAUGAUGCUCAUCCUCCGUACUGGCAACCAGCACCUCCUCAGAAUCGCAGAGAUAGACCAUUUCGAGAUAGGCAGCGUUCCUCUCCAUUGCCAUCAUCUAUUAAGCCAGAACCAACUCCAAUUGGCCGAGAGCGAGGGACAAAGGAUAGGAAAGUUGCUGCUCAUACCAUCAUCCAGAACAACCAGAAUUCCAGCAUUCCUGGCCUUACUAGACCGGUUGAAGAGAAACUUUCUAUUCCAGCACCAGUGGAAAUUGAUGCUGUAAAACGUAGGACUUUGCCUGCUUGGAUACGAGAGGGUUUAGAAAAGAUGGAGAGAGAUAAGCAGAAGAAACUGGAGAAGGAGAGACUAGAGCAGCAGCGUAAACAGAUGACAAACCAGAAACAACAAGAAUCUGAAGAAGUGGAGGAAGAAGCAGAUGGCCCACGUGUUCCACGUAGAAGUAAAUUUGACAGUGAUGAAGAGGAGGAAGUGGAUGAUCAUGCUGAGUCCAGAAGUAGUGGGGAAGAUAGUAGGAGCCCAUCUCCAGAUGUUCAUGAAGAACAAAGUGAACCUGAAAUGCUUGAGGAAGAGAGAGAAUAUCAAAUGAUGCUACUGACUAAAGUUUUACUCACAGAAAUUCUCUUAGAUGUUACAAAUGAAGAAAUUUAUAGUGUCGCAAAGGAAGUGCAUCGUAAAGCUACAAAAGCUCCUGCAAAGCAGCUGGCACAGUCCAGUGCACUGGCUUCUCUUAGUGGACUCGGUGGACUGGGCGGCUAUGGAUCAGAAGGAAGUGAUAAUGAAAGACAUGAGAGAGGUUCUGAAUCUUCUGAUACAGAUGAUGAAGAGCUAAGGCGCAGAAUCCGGCGCAAACUAGAUGCUUUUCGAAGAAAAGAGAGAGAAAAAGAGAGGGAAGAGCAGCUACAACAGGAGAAACAGUUGGAAGAAGAAACUGAAACGGAAAUUGCUGCCCGGGAGACAAAUGAACAGAAUUUCAGAGAACAGGAUAGUUCAUUUAAAGGGGAAUUAGAUGAAAACGAGGGUGAAGUAAUUACUGAUCACAAAGACACUCAGAGUGACUCUGAGUCUAUUGAAGGGGUAAUACUUAAAGAAAAAAAAUUACCUGGGGAUGGUAGUAGUUCCAGAAGUUCCAGCAGUAGUAGCAGCAGUAGCAGCAGUAGAAGUAGCAGUACUAGCAGCAGCAGCAGUAGUAGCAGAUCAAGCUUUUCUUCUAGUUCCGAUUCUGAUAGUAGUCUUAGUACCUCUUGCUCCUCUUCCCCUAAAAGAAAGAAAAGGCGCACUCGAAGUAGAACACCAGCCAAAGCAAAGCAGCAUAGCAGAAGCUCAAGUUACAGUCGUAGGCGCCAUAGAGAGAGGAGCCGAAGUAGGGAUGCUGAUGGGGACAGAAGAAGAUCUAGUGGGAACAGAAGUUUGGAAAGAGAGAGACGUAGAAAUCACAGCCACUCACGAGAAAGGAGAAGUAGGGAGAAACAAAGAACUAGAUCUAGAGAAAGACGAGUCAGUCGCAGUAGGAGUAGAGAGAGACGUAGAAGUGAUGAGUGGCACAGAAGUCGUAGUCCAAGUAGGGUGAAGCAUAUGGGGAGCAGUAAAGAAGGAGAAAGAAGGAAGGAGAGAAGUAGAAGCACAGAAAAAAAGUUAAAAGAAAGAGAACUAGAAAGAAGAAAGUUAAAACAACGGGAGCGGGAGAGGCAAGAAGAAAAAGAUAGGUUACAAGAGGACAGCAGAUCUUGUAGGCGGAUUGAGGGUGUAAGGAAAGAGUCUCGAGAUUCAUAUAGUACAUCAUCACGACAUGAUUCCAGGCAGGACUACAGAUCAAGCCGGAAGUCUACAAAAAGUGAGGAAAUCCACUCUGAUUCAGAUUCUAGUACAAGGAGCAGUUCUCGAUCACUGAGAAGCAGCAAAGAAAAGAAAGCAAGACAGUACAAACGCAGUCGAUCUCGAUCAUUGGAGAAAUCUCAAAGGUCUGGUAAGAAGGCAAGCCGCAAACACAAGUCUGAGUCACGAUCAAGGUAGUACCUUUUUUUCCUCAAGUAUUUUAUGUGAUUAUAUCUUGAUGCGUUUAUUUUAAAUGUUUAAAAAAAUGGUGCCUGUACUUUUAUAACUUGAAAAAAAAUGGCAUGCAUUUUAAUGCUGUUAAUUUGUUAGGUGAAAUUAUUUCAUGCUUCUUAAUGUUCUUUCUUUUUUCCCCCACCCUUUUUCUUUCUCAGGUCAAUAACACCUGCUCGUCGAAGACGUUGAAAGGAUCUGCCAGGAGCGCUAUAUUUGUUUUAAAAAAAAUUCCAUGAGUUUUAAAGUCUUGCCUCAUUAUAGAGGCAGUUUGUAUUUAAUGUAGGUGAAAGAUUUUUUUUAAUUUGUAAAUAGGUUUAACUUUUCAUCUGCUCCUUGCAGUAAAGUGAUGAACUACAGAAAGUAGAUCUUCUGUGUAUCACUGUAUAUCUUUCAGGUCAGUAGGGUUAUGAAUAUAAAAUGACAUUCUCUUUCAGAUGUAAUAUAGAUUACCUUUGAAUAUGCUGUGCUGUUAAUAAAAGUUUUCAGAACAUGUUUUUUUAUUCUAAAUUGUACUAUAUAACCGCAAAGGCUUGAAAAGUGUAUUAAUUAUCAUCCAGCAGUGGGCCUUAUUGGAGACCUAGAGAAAUAGGUUGAAGAGUGGUUUUUAACUUGAAGCACUUUGUGAGAAACUUGAUGGAAUCCAUACCUCUGCAAUUCUGAAUGAUGGUCUUGGAAAAUGUGAAACAACGCAACAGAAAUUUCAACGACAGUUUGAAGGGAUAAUUUUCUGUAUUUAGAAUUCUGCCGUUGUGUAUACCAUUGUAAUGACAUUCUUUCCCAACUGUGUCCAGUGCUACAGUGUGAUGGUAUGCUGGACAUUUCUAAUGUAAAACUGCAGUAGACACUGACACUGCAGAAGUGCAUAGGAGGGUGGUGGCAUUCCGACUGGUAAUGAAAACAAUUUACUUAUAUUGGAGUUUGUGAGAGUGUCAAGUUUACAGUCACCAAAUAUUUACCUUUUUGCCAUUACAGGGUUUAAAAAUCUGUGGGUGAAAAUGUCAGGAAAUAUAUAAUUUUGUACAAAUCAUGUCCUAAUGACAGUACUACUGUUACUUGGUUAGCUCAGUUUCAGAGCUUUGUUAGAACUGUAUGCAGAGCCCCAUGCAACAACUUAGAACUUUUUGUAUCACAUAUUUCUGCAUAAAAAUGUACUAUCAGUGUAGUCUGCAAGACACAGUAGUGCCAGUGAGUCCUAACUAAUUAUUGACCCCAUGAAAGAACUAACAUGUAAAACAGAUUAUCUUGUGUGAGUUUUUCUCCCUGUGGUAAAGAACAUUACCAUGUUGGUUACUGAUUA